ACUAUUCCAAGUAAUCAUAAUAGUAAAUAUGUGAUCAAUUAACUUGUAUCAACUUAUGUACACAUAGAGCAUUAAAUUAGAUUGAAUUACUUGGAAUUGUGAUAAAUGCUAAAUAGUAAAUAAUACUAAGUAAUAGACAUUUAAUAUUUCAUCAGUAAUUUUUUACCUAUCAUAAUUAUUAUCAUUUGAAUAUCAUUCAUAAUGGAAGCACAAAAAGUAAUUGUAAAAAGUACUGGAAUGCCAAAUGAUAUGCAAGAACAUGCUAUUAAAUCAUGUAUAAAAGCAAUGAGAAUACUACGACAUGAUAAAGAUGUAGCUAGUUCAUUGAAAAAAGAAUUUAAUGAUAAAUAUGGACGUACAUGGCAUUGUAUUGUUGGAAGUAAUUAUGGAAGCAAUGUCAGUCAUGUCGAUGAAGGAUUGAUUUAUUUCUUUGUCGAUAGAAAAUCGGUCCUUUUAUUUAGAACAGAAUGUGCUUAAUGACUUGUUUACUAAAAUUUUAUAUCAAUAUUAUUUAAACAAUAAAUAGUUGCUGAUAAAUUGUAAACAGUAAACAUUUAUUGAUUGAAUUAGAUUGUGAAUUUUCAAUUAAUUAUAUCAUUCCUUUAUUAUU